GCCUUAUCCCCCUCCCCCUGGGAGAGUCCCACCAACAACCCAUGAUCUCCCACCUCUCUCCCCACCCGAUCCUGAUCUGGAUAGGGACCAGCUGCCCCCAUCGAUGCCACACGCCGGCAGCGGCGCCCGCCGGCUUCCCUGUCGGCACCGAUCCUCGCCACUACACCCCUCCGUCGGAUCCACCACCCCGACGGCUGUCUCCCCUGGCUUCCUCUCUUUCGGCUCGAGCCUCCUGGCGUGUUGUUGCUGCUCCGACCACCUCGCCGACCUCCCUGCCGGCCACCGGCCACCGUCGAGCCACACCCCCGCGUCGCCUCCCCGGCCUCCUACUCGUCACCUCCCCUUCCCACCACCACAAGCAUGUUGCCCCCCUACAACGGACUAUGUUGGAGCCCGCGAGAUGACGUAUCCCGCCGUCGACGACUGCUACCUCGACGGUGCCAGCUACUUGAUGGAGGCCGCUGACAACCAGGAGUAGUUUAGGAUGUUCCCAGGCAGGAGGCCGCGCCUCGUUUGAUCGUUGUAUCUUUUGUUCUAGCCUUCUCUAAGGCAUUAUCAUGUUUGGUGUCUGUACUUAGAUAUUUGUUGCUUCCGCUGACUCGUGUGUUUAUCGAGCUUCUGUAUUCUAGCCCUCGAGGCCCCUGG